GAGGACGGAGGCGAGACCGACAUCCACCCGUCCUCAGCUGCCCCGGGCCGCCAGUCAGUCUUGCUCGCGUUCGAUCUCCAAGCGGCCCUCGACGCAUGCAGUGAGUCCGCCCGAGCCUCGCCCACUGCCGACAGUCAGCCAGCCUCGACCGUGCUUUCCUCUCCAAGGUAGUGAGUGCACCAGCGCUCCGAGCUCAAGAUGCAGAGGUGCACCCGAAGCCUCCUCUUGGCCUCCCUCAUCCUCUGUGCCACACUGUCAGAGACCCUGGGACUCGUGUUAUCCGCCAAGGAAAAGAGAGGCUGGACCUUGAACAGUGCUGGUUAUCUCCUUGGUCCACAUGCGGUUGAUAACCACAGAUCAUUUAAUGACAAGCAUGGCCUUGCUGGCAAACGAGAGUUGCAGGCUGAAGAUGGCAUGAAGCCAGGAAACUUUGCAAGGCCCACAGCUGAUGACAACAUUGUUCGUACGGUACUUGAGUUUCUGACGUACUUGCAUCUCAAAGAAGCUGGGGCUCUUGAUAAUCUGCCAUCUGCAAUCUCAUCAGAAGAAACAAAUCAAUCCUGAGAGAAUGUGCUUUUUUUUGUUGUUUUUUGUGUCUGUGAUUGUGUGCUUUAAGGUCAAACUUUACCGAGGGCUUUGACAGAAUGGAGUUCAAAGU